AAAAUAGUCGAUUGCAGUUGCCAAAGAAAGGCAAAGUACUAAAAGGCAACUGUGAAAGAAAUACAAAUCUAUAAUAGAUAUUUUUGCAUACGUAGUUGGCUAUACUAUAAAUAUUGGAUGUGGAAAUAAGCGUUCAAGUGUUUCAAACAAAAGCAACAAUUGUGCAAAAAAAAAAUAUUAAAAAAAGUGUUUGUGUGUGUUUGCCUAAGUAGUUAACAAAGUAGUUGGCUAAACGAUAUACGAUAUACGUUUUACGAUAUUGAGUGUGUCAAAAAAUUAAAAAGUGUUUAUGUGUGUAUGCCUAAACAGUUAACAAAGUAGUUGGCUAAACGAUAUACGAUACACGAAAUACGAUAUACGUUUUACGAUAUUGAGUGUGGCAAAAAAUUUAAAAAAAGUGUUUAUAUCUGUUUGCCUAAGCAGUUGACAAAGUAGUUGGCUAAACGAUAUACGAUACAAGAUAUACGAUAUACGUUUUACGAUAUUGACUGUGGCAAAAAAUUUAAAAAAAGUGUUUAGUUGUGUUUGCCUAAGUAGUUAACAAAGUAGUUGACUAAACGAUAUACGAUAUACGUUUUACGAUAUACGUUAUACGAUAUUGAGUGUGGUCGCCACACUAAAAAUGCAAGCAGCAUCGCCAAAGUUACGGAUCUAAUUUCAAUCAGUUUAAAUUUUAUUUUAUACUUUUUACAAAACCAAACUCAAAAUCUUCACAACAAAAAAAAUACCACACUGAAGAUCAUCAACAAAAAUAUCUAGAAUAUAAAAAUAUCAUCAACGAAUAGGAAAAGGUAUUGCAAAGAAAAAAGAGAGGUGGAAAUGAUAUGAUAUAUUUUAUAAUUGAUUUCGCAACUAGUAAAAUGUUUUCGUUUUUGUUUUUUGUAUAAUUGCCUUUGUAAAUCCCUUUGAUGAGUCAGCGCACUUUGUGCUAUUAAAUUCUCGAAGAAAGAGAGAAAUGAUUAAAAUACUAAUUGAAUCAAGUGCAAAUAAAUAAAAUAAUAGAAAGCAAAGAAAAUGAUUAAGAAAUAUGUAUAGAAACAAUGCCUUUUCUUAUUCCUUAUCGCCCCACAACCAAAGAAUGAAAAUAGAAAAAAACACACAACUCAUCGGCAACAAAAAGCAAAACUAACAUUCAUUCUACUACUUAUUCCAAGUCACAUCGAAAUAACAAGCUCUCAUCUUUAUCGUAACACUAUCAUCAAUUAUUGUGAUUGUGAUCAUUUUGUUAUUAUCAUCAUUUCCCAUCAUUCGUCAUUCGCUAGUCUCCUUAUCAAUAUAAAAAAAAACAAAAUUGAAUCAUGCACUCAACUAAUCGCCACAUUUUCAAAAUGAAAGCAACAUAUUUCUAGUUAUGUGCAGCUCCAAAAACGAUAAUUAAUCGAUUCAUAAACACAAAACAGUUCACAAAUUGAAAGCGAAACCAGUGUUUGAAAACGACGAGUGUUCCGGCCAGUGCUAGUUAAUUUGAAAAUGCGCACAACUUUAAGACGCUGCUCAAAGUAUCUUCGGCUGUGCAGCAAAUACAAUCACGCCAAUCACAAGGACGUGGCCACCUAAACAAUAGAGGAAAAAUUUUCUUUAAAACAUCGAUAACAAACCCAGUGAUAACGACCGAAAACUAGAAUUUGAUUUGCACCUCAACCAGUGUUGGAAAACAGUCGACGGCAACAAAAUGUCUUCCGAUGCGAAUUCAUGCGCCAGUUUCUUUGCCCAGGAACAUGCGAAUGCAACGCUGACACAAUACUUUCAGCAACUCAACUCGCAGGUGGCAGCAGCAGCAGCUGUUGCCAACAACAACAACAACAACAGCAACCAAAACAGUGGCAACAGCAGCUCGAGGAACAGCUCGAGUGGCAACGGCAACAACAGCAGCAGCAGCAGCGGUGGCAACAGCGACAGCGGCAACGACGGCAGCAUGUCGGGCUCAACAACAACCACGCUGGACAACCAUCGCAGCAGCGUCAGCAGCAAUGACUCUGGCAAGAGCAGCAACAAUGGAUCCUCAGCGGCUGCUGCUGCAGCGGCAGCCAAUGCAUGGAACUUGCAACAACAGCAGACAGCAGCACUGCAUCAUCAUCAGCAGCAGCAACAACAGCAGCAGCAACAACAUGCGCAACAGCAACAGCAAUUGCAACAGCAGCAUGCUCAGCAGCAACAUGCAGCGGCUGUUGCUGCCGCACAGCAGCAAUUGCAGCAACAUCACUCACAUCACGCGCAGCAACAACAACAACAACAGCAGCAGCAGCAACAUGCUCAGCAACAGCAUCAUACACAUGGCCACAAUCCGCAUUUGCAUCCACAUCAUCCCCACCAGCAGCAGCAACAACAACAGCAGCAGCAGCAACAACAUCAACAGCAGCAGCAACAUUUGCAUCAGCAACAGCAACCACAACAGCAACAGCAGCAACAACAUCACGCCGCUCAAUUGGCUCACACAUUGUCAUCGGCUGCCGUGGCUGCUGCCGCUGCUGCCAACAACAACACCAACACUCAUUCGAUCUUUGGCACUGGGAAUUUCCACUACAAAACAAACAAUUCAUGGACGUUGCCGACGUUGAGCUACCAGCGCAUUUAUCAGGACAAUCCCAGCUACCAUCAGCGCAACAGUUUCAUGGACUCGACUCAAGGCAGCGCGGCAGCAGCCAAUGCAGCGGCAGCCACUGCGGCUGCUGCUGCUGCAGCUGCGGCGGCAGCCACAACGAACAGCAGCAACAAUUCGGUUGUUGCUGCGGGCAACAAUACAAACAACAACAACAAUGCUGUCUCAAAUGCUAACAACAACUCAAGCAACAAUAACAACAACAACAACAGCAGCAACAACAACAACAACUCGGGCAACAACAACAACAACAGCAACGUCUCCUCAGUGCAACAUGUGGCAAAUGCUGUGGCAGCUGCAGUAAUUGCAAGCGAGCAUCACAAUCAUUUGAACAACCUGAAAGCGCGCUUUCAGCCAUCGAGUUCAGGCAGGAAAUCUCCAUUUUUGGGUUUUAUUUGCAAAGCAAACGGCAAAUCCACAUCGAAUAGCAAAGAAAUCAUCUGCCCGGAUGACAAAUACAAGGAGGAGGGCGACAUUUGGAAUGUUGAGGCGCAAACGGCAUUUCUCGGCCCCAAUUUGUGGGACAAAACCUUGCCCUACGAUGCUGACCUCAAGUAUGCCGAUCUAGACGAGUUCUUGUCGGAGAAUAACAUACCAGAUGGAUUGCCGGGCACACAUUUGGGACACUCGGGAGGUCUGGGGCAUCGCUCCGAUUCGCUGAGUCAUGCAGCGGGUCUGUCGCUGGGUCUUGGGCAUAUAACCACGAAACGCGAGCGAUCGCCAUCGCCAUCGGAUUGCAUUAGUCCCGACACGCUAAAUCCGCCAUCCCCGGCCGAAUCAAUAUUUGAUAUUCCAGCAUUUUCAUUCGCAUCGUCGGGGCGUGACUUUGAUCCGCGCACCAGAGCAUUCUCCGAUGAAGAGCUCAAACCGCAGCCGAUGAUUAAAAAGUCACGCAAACAAUUUGUUCCAGAUGAGCUCAAGGACGACAAGUAUUGGGCGCGCCGACGAAAGAAUAACAUUGCUGCCAAAAGGUCACGGGAUGCGCGUCGGCAAAAGGAGAAUCAGAUUGCGAUGCGUGCACGCUACUUGGAAAAGGAAAACGCAACACUACAUCAGGAGGUUGAGCAGCUAAAACAGGAGAACAUGGACUUGCGUGCACGUCUAUCGAAAUUCCAGGAUGUGUAAUGAAAAAUGUGACGAAACCACAACAACAACUACAAUACAUUAUAAUAAUAAUUAUGAUAAUAUAAUAAUAUAAUUGAUAAAUACAAAAAACAAGAGAAAAACGUUAUAGUAAAGCAGACAUGAAAAAAGUACACUAUACAAAUAUUGAAGCAUUGAAAAGUGUUUCGCUAUAAAUAAAAGUUAAAUACAUACAUAUAUAUGAUAAGCAGACACACACACACACAUCUAUACCAACACACACACACAAACAUUUGUAAGCAGCGAUUCCUGUGUGAUCGCAUAUUUAUUUUAAACUUAACGUAAAACUAAAUGCAAAUUAACUACAACUAAAACUAAAAACAAAAAGAAAACAUUUAACUUUACAUCUUUAGUGUAGCGUAAAAAGGAAACUUUUCAACACACACACACACACACACACACACAUUGAAAAAACUAUCGCUAAAAAGUGCAAAACUAGUUGCAAAACAUUUUGUUUUUAAUUGACAUUUGUUAACUACACAAAAAAAACUGAUCCUGAUCCACUUUUAAAUAUUGUCUAGACUCUAGAGUUGUUAAUUUUUGUUAUUAGUUUUUAAAUCAAGUUCAAUUCAUUCAUUUCACACACACACAAACACACACACACCCAGAGAGACAGAAAUUUCUGAUUUCUUAAUUUUCUUCUUCAACUUUAUUUUUGUUGUUAAGUUUUGUUAGUGAAUUUUACCACAUAAUUAAUUUUUAUUUUUGCUUUCUUCUUCUAAUCAUCUAAAUCAAUCAAUCACACACAUAUUGUAAAUAAUUUUGUUGCUUUCUUCAAAUUUGACUCAAUGAUAACAAGCAAAAUUAUAAAUAAUAAAAAAAAACGGAAAAAACUGGAAAAGGAAAAUCCCCAAAAAAAGAAAAACAAUUAUAAAAAACCACAAAAAAAAGAAAGAACGAUGGAAAGAAAAACUACUAAAAUUAAUACAAAAUAAAAUAAAAACCAUUUAGAAAUGAGCAAAGAACUUCCCUCCUCAGUUGCCUCCCCGCUAGGCAGCUGUUAGUUUAAGUGAGCUAUGAUUUUUAUAUAUACGAUAAAGAUGAGAGGAAUACAUAAUUAAAAUGGCAGCAGACCAUGCGAAACUAUUAUUUUAUAGUUUUUGUUAUUUGUUAAUGGAAAACAUAAAACAAUAAAAUCGAUGAGAAUAAACAUUUAAACAACAAAAUAGCAGCACUAACCGUAGUCAGAGAAAGCAUAUGCUUCGAUCCUUACUAUAUAUAUACACUAUAUACUAUAUAACUGAACCCCACUCAGACUAUAGAAAGAAAACCUUUUUCGCACACUAUUUUCUACUUUUAUUCUAUUUCUAUUUCUAUUUUCUCUUAGUUGCUUUAUUUUUUGUUUUAACUAAUUUGUUUGGUGUGAUUUUGCAAAGAUCUUAAAUCUUAUACAUAAUUAUUAUUAUUAUGAUUAUAUAUUAUUAUUAUUAUUAUUAUUAUAAAUAUCAUUAUUUUUAUUAUUACUGUUUAAGUUUUAUUAAUUUUAUUUGUUAAACAUUGAGUUACAUUUACCUGCAUAUUUUUAGCAUUUUAAGCUAACCACAUAAAAGCAACAACAAAAAAUAUAUAAAAAAAAAAAAAACAAAAACAAAACGUUAAUUAAGCAUAAAAACAAAACAAAUUAAAUAAAUUUUAUACGAAACUCUGAAAAACAAAAUUCAUUUACAAUUUAAACAAGUUUUCAUGAAGCGAUUUAUGUUUAAGCAAUUCUUUACAAAUUUCAAUAAGUUUUAUUUAUUUUUAAUGAGAAAAACUGUGCAAAAAACAAACUAUAACAACAACCAUUCGAAGAAUAAUAGAUUGAUAAAUGAUGAGAGAAAAACAAGAAAGAAAGAAUGAAAGAAUGAAAGAGCAAGCAAACAAUUGUGUAAUAAUAAAAGUCUAAGCGUUGCUUUCAAAUAUUCAAAAUGAUUUUUUUGGUUUACAUUUUGUUUUCAUUUGGUUUUACUUUCCUCCCUCAAUCCUCCCCCCCAGAAACAUAAAAAAACUAAAAAAAACUAGAAUACAAUACAAGGAUCUCACAGCAAGUAAAGAGUUAGCAAAUGCCAUAAACAAAAAACAAAAGAACUACAAACUAAAAAUACGUACCCGAAACUAACCCUAACGAUAACUAAAGAAAGAAGGCAAUUACAAAAACACAUUUACAUUAAACUUUACAUUGAUAUACGAAAAUAAUUAGAUGAUGUUUAUCCACGGGCAACGAGCACCUAGCAAAUAGUUGAACUUGAACAACUUCCGAGAUUUAUACAAAACUAAAAAACAAAUAACUAAAAAACCUCUUAAGUUCUCUCCCCAAGAUAACAUCAAAAAACAAACACCCCAACUAGAAAUUAACCUUAAGCCUUUUGCACUGCUAAGAAACCACCUAGAAGAAGAAGAAAAAACCCUUAAACUCAAAUGAAAAAGAGAGAAAAAUAAAAUAAUAAUUAAAAAAAUUACUCGUAUCAUUGGUAAAAAAACAAAAAAAAAGUUGAGUCAAUGCUUGAGCUUCGGUUGUUUUGUAAAGUGACACAGAAAAUAUACGAUAACUAUAACUAUAAUGAUAACAUUAAUGAUAACGAUAACGAUAACGUUUACUACCGUAGAACAUUUAGCCCAAUAAAACAAAUCCACAAAACUAAGCAAUUGCUACAUAUUUGUAAAAAAAAAACAAAACAAAAACAAAAAUCAAUUAACAACAACAAGAAAACAAAUCGUGUUAUAUUUAUAUAAAGAGAUAUUAGUUAAUGAUAACGAUAACGAUAAAUGAUAAGAUCAAUGCGCAUAGAGGUGAAAGUAGUUGAGUUUGUUGCUAGCCAAAAACGGCUUGCGAGUGUGACCCCUAACACGCAGUGUGACCGUAGCACACACAGCACAUUUAGUAUUUUUUUUCGUUUCGCGUAGUUUGUAGACGGCUAAAAGUUAAUUAAACUUCUGUUGGAUUACAAUAAAAACAAGAUUAGAGAACAUCUUUUACUUUCUACCAUUUUAAAAAUUAUUGUAGCAUACUUUCGGGCUGCGCUGUUUGGGUAACUCGCACAGCCUAAAAGCGAGCAACACUAAAAGCAAAUAAAGCAGCUCACAAAAAAAAAACAACAAAAAAGAAAAAACUAAAGUGAAAUCUAAAUAAAUUAUACACAAGUUUUAUGCAACGAGUUUGUUGAUAGAUUUCAUUUUGAUUUGUUAGUGAUCGAUUUGAUUAGGUUUUUUGAUAAUUUAAUCAAGCAUAUGGUAUUAAAAUAUGUAUUCUCUGAAUAAGAAUGUUCCGUAACAAAAAAAUGUAGACUUUAGCAACAAAAUGAAGACGAUAAAACUGAAAGUAAAAAAAAGAAAAACCUUUUGUUAAAAAAAAAAAAUGAAUGAAAAUAAAACGAAAUUAUGUCUAAUAUACAAUACAUAUAUACAUAUAUAUAUUUAUUAUAUACAACAAAAGAUGAUUAAAUAUAUAUUAUAUUAUAUAUGAAUUACAUGAAAUUAUAUUAUUGUAAUACUAAUUAGUUGGGAGUAACUUCUGUAGAUAAAUUCAAUAUAUAUUGUAGCUGAUGAUUUUUUAUAAGUACUUACAUACCAACAACAAAGGCAUACUUAGUAUAUAAAUUAAAAUACCAUAUUUAGUAUAUAUUAUAUACCACAUAGAGCAAUGGAGCUGUUGCGCAUCGUAAAUCGUAGGCAGGGUUAAAAAUAGUAACUAAAGACACAAAUUGUUGCAGUGCAAAGCAAAAUGAAGCAAAUCGCGAUAUCGCAAAACAUUAGCUACAAGAAACGUAUCUAGCUAUAGCUAUAGAAGAAGAAGAACAUGACGAAGAAGAAGAAGAUAAUGAUGAUGAUGAUGAUGAUUAUGUAACUAAGCCUAGAGAGACAGACAGUCAAGUACAGUUAAGUACGGUUAAGCAAAUGCUGAGUGUUUUUAGUCCUUAAGCAGAUGAAGAAGAAGAACAAGAAGAAGAAGAAGAAGUAGAGAUGGAGAAGAAUAGAGGAGGAAAGAGACAGCGAGGAGUGUCGGCAAUGCGAACAUAUUAAAUGCUAUAUACAUAUAUAUAUAUUAUAUAUACAUAUAUAAUAUUAUAUACAUAUACACAUAAAUACUUAUAUAUAUAUAUAUAUUCUUACAUAUUAUUAAAGACGAAAAUGUUGUUGAAUUUUAAAAUCAAUAAGAAACCCAAAAAAAACAGAAUCAGAAUUAAAUGCUGAUUUCUAAAUGUAGUAAAAAUCUGAGAAGAAAAACCAAAAAACACUUAAAAAGAAAAUACCAUAAAAAAAAAUUGUUAGUUGUUGCAAAAAAAAAAAAAAUGGAAAAUGAAGCUAAAAAUCCCGAAAUUAAACAAAAGAAUUAAAACACCCAUAAACACACACACACACACACACACACAUGCGUUUUAGAGCCUUUACUUAUAUUUUGAGAAUUUUGCGAUUGAAACGAAUGCAAAUAAUUUUAUAUGAAAAAAAUACAACAAAAAAAAUGGAAAAAAUCGAAAAAAAAAUGGAAUGAAAUAAAUGAAAAAUGGCUAAAGCUAAUGGUAAAUAAAUAAUUUAGAACUAACAAUUUGUAAAGCGUUUGUAUUAGUAACGAAAAAAAAAACAAAAACGAUGGAAAAAAACAAAAUCCGCUUGCGGCAAUAGAAAGCAAUGCAAAAAAGAAAGCAGCAAAGAGAAAAAAUAAAUAAAAAAUUCAAUGAUUUAAUAAAUAAAUCUGCGCCUAGUUGUUGUUGGCAGCAUGCAAAAUGAAAAUAAAACUUAAAAUUUAAAUUUAAAUGAAAUUCAAAGUAAAUUAAAAACCAAAAAAAAAAAAA